ACCACCAUCAUCAUCACCACCACCACCUCGUCCAUAUCGCUCCCAUCUCUCAUCCGGAGUACUCUAUUAGGUAUUCGUCGUCUUCCAGUCGGCCCCUUUCCGAUAAGCGAAUUUAUCUGUCUUGCCACAACAAAUCACGCGACGCCCUCAGUCAAUCCUCAGGCAUCCUUCGUCGAUCACUCCGAUCCUCGUUUAGUUCCUCCUCUAAUCAACAACCACCACAUUCGCUCAGUAAUGAUUCCGCUUUAGAAGACCGCGUUCGCUAUUGUAUUAUUCUACGCACUUAACCCAGGGUCUUCCGAUACCUCGUCCGUCGCUAUUCAAGAUUCCCGUUUGACGGCCACUUUUCCUGUACGGGCCCCUUCGUCAGGGUCCCCAGGGAACUGUCUAGUGACGACAUGGAGGACGCUUGUUUUGCUUGUUUUUCAACCCUUGACCGAUGGUGUCAUAUAUCUGCCUGCUUAGGACCAUUCGGCGGUCGUUCAAGAGAUGGUAUUUACGAAACGAUUUUGCAGGAUAGUGAGCGAGAGGCGGUCGCCGAUCUGUUACAGUACCUCGAGAAUCGAACGGAAACCGACCUGGACUUUUUCUCUGGCGAGCCACUCCGGGCUCUUACUACGUUGGUGGAUUCGAAUAACAUUGACCUGCAGCGAAGUGCUAGUUUGACCUUUGCCGAAAUUACAGAACAAGAUGUGCGAGAAGUCAAUCGCGACACCCUCGAGCCCAUCCUCAAAUUGCUUCAAAGUCCGGACAUCGAAGUCCAACGGGCCGCAAGCGCAGCGCUAGGAAAUCUCGCCGUGAACACGGAAAACAAGGCGCUUAUCGUGAACCUUGGCGGUCUUCCGCCAUUGAUUAAACAAAUGCAGUCGCCGAAUGUCGAGGUCCAAUGUAAUGCCGUAGGCUGUAUUACGAAUCUAGCGACUCAUGAGGAGAACAAGUCAAAGAUCGCCAGAUCUGGUGCUCUCGUGCCUUUGACCAGGCUAGCCAAGUCGAAAGACAUGCGAGUUCAGCGAAAUGCCACCGGGGCUUUGUUAAACAUGACACAUUCUGAUGAUAACCGUCAACAAUUGGUCAAUGCCGGUGCCAUCCCUGUCUUAGUCCAACUACUUUCGUCAGAAGACGUUGACGUGCAGUAUUACUGCACAACAGCUCUCAGCAAUAUCGCCGUCGACGCUGCUAACAGGAAACGACUCGCACAGACCGAAUCUCGCUUAGUACAAUCUCUGGUUCAAUUAAUGGAUUCGUCGACACCAAAAGUACAGUGUCAAGCUGCUCUUGCUCUGCGAAACCUGGCAUCCGAUGAGAAAUACCAACUGGAAAUAGUUCGCGCAAAGGGCUUGCCUCCUCUCCUACGCCUUCUUCAGUCAUCAUACCUUCCACUCAUUCUUUCUGCUGUCGCUUGCAUCCGAAAUAUAUCUAUACACCCUCUUAAUGAGUCGCCUAUCAUCGAUGCCGGCUUCCUGAAACCUCUAGUGGAUCUCUUAGGCUCGAAGGAUAGCGAAGAGAUCCAAUGUCACGCUAUAUCGACCUUGCGAAAUCUGGCAGCUAGUUCUGAUCGCAAUAAAGAGCUUGUUCUUCAAGCCGGCGCUGUCCAGAAAUGCAAGGACCUUGUCCUUAACGUUCCGGUUAUUGUUCAAUCAGAAAUGACUGCUGCCAUUGCCGUCCUGGCUCUUAGCGACGAAUUGAAACCCCAGCUUCUCAAUCUCGGCGUGUUUGAUGUCUUGAUCCCUCUUACCGCAUGUGAUAGUAUCGAAGUUCAGGGUAACAGUGCUGCGGCUCUGGGAAACUUGUCCUCCAAAGUCGGAAAUUAUUCCAUCUUUAUUCGUGACUGGACAGAGCCUGAAGGAGGAUUCCACGGUUACCUCACUCGAUUCCUGGAUAGCGGAGACCCGACAUUCCAGCACAUUGCUAUCUGGACACUGUUACAGUUAUUGGAGUCCGAAGACUCGAAACUUAUCGAGCUCAUCUCGAAUUCAGAGGAUAUUAUGCAACUAGUAAAACGAAUUUCUGAUCGGAAUAUCGACUCUGACGACGAGGAGGUAGACGAGGGAGAAAUGGAAGUCGUCGCACUCGCACGACGAUGUCUUGAAAUACUCGGCAAAGGGCCAAAACAAACGCUGGUCGAAGGCUGA